ACACCUCCACCAGCGAUUACCAAAAAUCUACAUAGGCGCCCACCAACACCACCACGGCCAGAUAUCGACACGAUAAAUCUGACUAUCAUGGUGAGCCAAUGGUGGCUAACCGCCCAUGAAUGCCGCCCGCUCGAUGUCUUCCCGAAGGAUCUACCCUUCUCGCAUCCCCUCAAUUCUUGCGAACACAGUAGAGUGGUUUUUUGGGAAGAG